CAGCAACUGCCUCUGUCACCGCAGGCUAACGGGACGGAGGUGAGGUAACUUCUCAGGGUUCCUCCUGGGCAGGUGCUCCAGAACCUUUUCUCAGCCCGCUGGCUCGGGGCACGGCCGUCCCUCCCGCCCAGCCACGUCAGGGUGCGGGGUGAAGAAAGGCUGGGCCAGCCGGGGACAGAGGAAGGCGAGGCAGGCACGCAGGAACUGGGCUUUUUAAACGCUUAAACCCAAGGAAAUCGUAGCAUCGCGGGCCGGGGAAAAUGAAAGACUUUGGAAGUCGCCAGGAAUUCGACUCUGUGAGUUGGUUUCCAAGAGGCUAAGUUAAGCAUCUCCAAGUGGAUAUUAAAAAGGAGCAGCGAGCCUCGGGCGGCGGGGGCUGGAGGAGGCGGAGGAGGCCGCCGGAAGCCAGGCUUGGGACCUCUGCAGCCACCGCGCAGACCGGCCGGCGGGACCCGCGCAGGCAGACCCUGGGGCUGCCGCACUCCCCGGGGCCCGCCUCGGGCCCUCUCUCCUGCCUCGUCUUUUUGGACUUCUCUCCUUUGCUCCCUUUUUCCUCCCGUUUCGAAGAGACAAUGCUACUUCAGUUUGGAGCACACACAUAUGAUCAGCACAUGGAAAUGUGGUAAUUCGGAUGCAUUCGUGAUUGCAACAGAUUGAAGAAAUUAGACCAGACAAAGAGUGUUUUUAGAGGAGGAGGAGGAGGAGGAGGAGGAGGAGGAGGCUGAGAGAGGGAGGGCGACGGGGGUGAGAAAGGGGAGGCCGCCUCUGAGCGGGACGCCGGGACUCCCGCCGCUGCUAAAUAUAUCCGUCGGAAUGGAGAGGGACCGGAUCUCAGCCUUGAAAAGAUCUUUUGAGGUCGAGGAGGUCGAGACACCCAAUUCCACCCCACCGCGGAGGGUCCAGACUCCCCUGGUCCGAGCCACUGUGGCCAGCUCCACCCAGAAAUUCCAGGACCUGGGCGUGAAGAACUCAGAGCCUGUGGCCCGCCAUGUGGACUCCCUAAGCCAGCGCUCCCCCAAGGCGUCUCUGCGGAGGGUGGAGCUCUCGGGCUCCAAGGUGGCCGAGCCGGUGUCCCGGCGCACUGAGCUGUCCAUUGACAUCUCGUCCAAGCAGGUGGAGAACGCGGGGGCCAUCGGGCCGUCCCGGUUCGGGCUCAAGAGGGCCGAGGUGUUGGGCCACAAGACGCCGGAGCCGGCCCCUCGGAGGACGGAGCUCACCAUCGUCAAACCGCAGGAGUCAGCCCACCGGAGGAUGGAGCCCCCUGCCUCCAAGCUCCCUGAGGUGCCCACUGCCCCUGCCACCGACGCAGCCCCCAAGAGGGUGGAGAUCCAGAUGCCCAAGCCUGCUGAGGCGCCUGCCGCCCUCAGCCCAGCCCAGACCCUGGAGAAUUCAGAGCCCGCCCCUGUGACUCAGCUGCAGAGCAGGCUGGAGCCCAAGCCCCAGCCCCCUGUGGCCGAGGCUGCAUCCCGGAGCCAGGAGGCCACUGAGGCAGCUCCCAGCUGCGUUGGCGACAUGGCCGACACCCACAGAGAUGCCGGGCUCAAGCAGGCGCCUGCACCACGGAACGAGAAGGCCCCAGUGGACUUUGGCUACGUGGGGAUUGACUCCAUCCUGGAACAGAUGCGCCGGAAGGCCAUGAAGCAGGGCUUCGAGUUCAACAUCAUGGUCGUCGGGCAGAGUGGCUUGGGUAAAUCCACCUUAAUCAACACCCUCUUCAAAUCCAAAAUCAGCCGGAAGUCGGUGCAGCCCACCUCGGAGGAGCGCAUCCCCAAGACCAUCGAGAUCAAAUCCAUCACACACGAUAUUGAGGAGAAGGGUGUCCGGAUGAAGCUGACGGUGAUCGACACACCAGGGUUUGGGGACCACAUCAACAACGAGAACUGCUGGCAGCCCAUCAUGAAGUUCAUCAACGACCAGUAUGAGAAGUACCUGCAGGAGGAGGUCAACAUCAACCGCAAGAAGCGCAUCCCGGACACCCGUGUCCACUGCUGCCUCUACUUCAUCCCUGCCACCGGCCACUCCCUCAGGCCCCUGGACAUCGAGUUUAUGAAACGCCUGAGCAAGGUGGUCAACAUCGUCCCGGUCAUCGCCAAGGCCGACACACUCACCCUGGAGGAGCGGGUCCACUUCAAACAGCGGAUCACUGCAGACCUGCUGUCCAACGGCAUCGACGUGUACCCCCAGAAGGAGUUUGAUGAGGACUCGGAGGACCGGCUGGUGAACGAGAAGUUCCGAGAGAUGAUUCCGUUCGCUGUGGUGGGCAGUGACCACGAGUACCAGGUCAACGGCAAGAGGAUCCUUGGGAGGAAGACCAAGUGGGGCACCAUCGAAGUUGAAAACACCACACACUGUGAGUUUGCCUACCUGCGGGACCUUCUCAUCAGGACGCACAUGCAGAACAUCAAGGACAUCACCAGCAGCAUCCACUUCGAAGCCUACCGCGUGAAGCGUCUCAACGAGGGCAGCAGCACCGUGGCCAAUGGCGUGGAGGAGAAGGAGCCAGACGCCCCGGAGAUGUAGACACCACCCUGCCCGCCCCCGGGACCCUGCCCCCAAGUCUUCUCCGUCCCCCCCCCGGCCCUCCCACCGCCCCAUUUUAUUUUAUAUGAUUUUCUCCAUUUCUCAUCGUUCCCCAGCCCUUCGACACGCUGCCAAGAAACAAGGGAAGGGGCCUCCCUCCGAGUGAGUCAGUGAUGAGCCCGUGGCCUCUCCGAGGUCUUGGGGAGGUCCACCCUCCGUCCCCAGGCCUGGCUCCCCGAGAGCUCAGAAGAGUAGCUUCCGUGUGCUGAUCAUCCGUCCGGGUGCGUUUCUCAGUGCCGGGGGCCUUGGGUGGGGGCCAGGCCUCGACUAUGCAGAGGGGCCCGGUGGGCUACAUCCCCAUAGGCCCUGGCCCCUGGAAUGAGUCAGGGGCCAGGGGAGAAUCGAGCCAAUCAGGGCCGUCACUCAGCCCCCACCCCUGCCCUACUCCUAAGGGUAGAAAAUUCCAGGGUGCCACACCACUGACAGCUCAGCCGCUCGAGGCCCCCCCCGGCAGCUGCCUGCCCCAAACCCGUCCUGGAGCAGAAAGUGCCUUUAUCUCAGCCGUCCGCAGGCUGCUCGGCCAGAUGCGGGGACAGGCUAGAAUGAGGGAGGCGUCUUCAUCUCCCCGCCCCGCCACCACACCACCCCACCCAUAGGGCUGCAGGUGCUGCUGAUGUACUGGGAUCUGAUAGAGGAUUAAAAAGGAAGGAAAGACGACCCCCACCCCCUCGCCACCCAUUUUUGAAAAGGUCCAAGCGAGUGAGUCUGGUGGAGGAGCUGAGGGAGGGAGCCAUGGAAGGUGCCAGAAGGAAGGUUGGCAGCAGCACGUGUGGGCUGUGGCUUUGGGUGGUCAUAGUGGCCUGAGCUGCCCAGUGCCUGCCCCACCCAAGUGACCAGGGAAGUGUGUGUGCGUCCAUGUGUGUGUGUGUCUGUCCGUACGUACAGUGUCUGGUUUGGCCCAAGACUGGGCUGUGGUUACAUUAGUGCCCAGCCAGCCACCCCCACCACUCACCCCUCCUGGCCCAGGCCUUGCUGACUCUGUGACCUGGGUGGGUUGGAGGACUGGCGAGCCUGACUCCUUGUCCUACCUGGGCCUGGGCCCCUCCCACUAGAGCCCAUGGUAAUGACGGCCUAGGAAGGAGAAGUGGAGUCAGAGGUGCACAGUCCACAGUGAGCUGAAGAGCGAGGUUCAUGGCAGCAAGGCCUGGCCCCUCACCCUCCGUCCCCAGGAGGGGACUGUGGGGGCUCCCUUUGCGGUGCAUGGCUGACCAAGUCCCCUUCUGCUUCCUGUUCCCAGUCGCACUCCUGGGGAGAGGGAGGGGCCUGACGAGACUCCACAUGGGUGCGCCUAUCACUGGGUGCAUCUGCAGGUCCCAGGCUGGCUGCUUGCUGCCAGAAGAGGGGCAGUGGGAGUCGGGGCACUGGGCGUCUGACUCCCUCCGCAUCCAGGAGAGGAAGGACUCCCCACCACCCUCACUGGCGGGACAGUUUACUUGCCAACUUGCCAUGUUUUUGCCAAAACCAAGAUUUUGAAGGAAAUGAGUGGCACCAGGCCAUGUGGCCCUCCCAGCCUCAGCAUCACUUGGUGGCAGGUUGGGGUGGGGAGGGGGUGGGCAGCAGCAUCCCAGCCUUGAGAUGCUUCACUUUCCUUCUCUGUAACCAGACCUUGAAAAUUGUUCGUUUCAUCAGGCUCUGAUCCUCAACGGCCUUUUGCUACGUGCCUCCCAAGACAUUUGUCUCUUUUUUGUAUAAACUACAAAAUGUUGAAAAUGUAUUUCCUGAAAUAAAUGUUUCAAAUGCAGAAACCCAGAA